CCUCAACGCGUCUCCUCGUCAACGUCGUUCUUGCAUCAAGCGAACUACCAGUCUCCCGUCGAAAAAAAAAUAGAAAAAAAUAGAGUAACCAUGACGGCCCGACGCCCGAUCAACAUCGACCUUUCCGACGAUUCCGAUUCCGAAGGGGAGGAGAAUGACGCCGUUGAAGAGGCCGGGUUCUUUGAUCUCGAGGCCCACGAAGACGACGAUCGCAGCUACGAUUCCGACGCGGCGUCCGGCUCGAGUGUCACCUCCGAUGGAACAGGCGCGCAAUUCCACCUAUUCGGGAAGCUACCCGCUGAGCUGCGGAACCACAUCUGGUCCUUCUUCUGCCCGGACCUCGCCCGCAGACCUCGUCUGCUCAUUUUCUUCUUGGAGAGCUGCGAGGGACGUGCCGGAUGGAGUCCCGACGCGUCCAUGGCUCUAGUGUAUACAACGAAUUUGACCCGUUGCCUGAUGGCCACGCACCACGAGAGCCGCGCACUGGCCCUGAGGCGAUUUCCCGACUCUCUCAAGUUCAAGAGCCACGAUGAGGACGCCUACGUUCGCUUCAACAAGGAGACGGACAUUGUCUACCUCAGCAUUCACUCCAUCACGAACCGUCAGAUGUUUAGUCCGGAUUCCAUGACGGUUCUUCCUGGCUUCACCGACCAGGUUGCCAACCUGGCGGUUGAACUUGGCGAAUUAGACAGGCACGAACUCAUUGUUCCUCACUCCACUUCGUACUUCCUCCACCGGCACUUUUUAUCCGCCUUCACCGAACUCAAGACCUUUUACACCUCUGUCGACUACCAGGAUGUUUCCACCGCCAAGGCACUGUGGGCUGUCUCCCCCGACCAUACCGAGCGCUUCAUGGUUCCCUUUGAGCAAGGAGAAUACGGCAUGUCUAUCGACUACAUUUACCGGUGGCAUAAAGCAGACGUUCCUUGCGAGUUUGAAGGACCCUGCAACGCGUUGAGCGAUGGCCCGAUGAGCGUCAGCGGUUCAGAGAGGUUGAUCUGGCACAUUCAGGUGCUACUGGAGAUCGCGGGCUUGCCCUCCCGCGCCGACUGCCUGCGUCGCGUCAAGCACCUGCCCAUGAUGUUCUUCUCCCACAGAUCGUACGAGGCGGAGUUGAAGUACCGGCAUGACGUGGUGGCAGCCGGUGGAGAGCUCUCAGACUCGGACGACGGCUGGGGCUUGCCGACCGGCGACGAGUUGGCAUACGCCGAUGGGGAGUUCACGGAUGGGGAUGAGUCCGAGACCGACGGCGGCUAUGGCUUGCCCACCGACGACCAGUUGGGAUACGCCGAUGAGGAAGCCACGGAUUGGGACGAAUACGAGAGCGAGGGUAUCGACGACGGCAGCAUUCAUGAUGAUGAACUCGAAACAGACGACGACGGCGUGUACGAACCCGGCUUGUCCGCCCCGGUCGUCGACCUUACCUCCGACGGGGAUCCCGACAACCACUACCAGGGCUUCUCGCCGCUUCGGGGCAGCGGUGGAAGCGACGACGCAUCAGAUGAUUCCAGCCAUGCCGGUGGCGAUUCGGAAGGUGGCGCACCUGCCACGUUGCCGUUUCGACGGCCGGCUAAGCGUCCCCUCGUAAUAGACGACAGCGAUGAGGACGAAGAGACAAUAGGAGAUGCCAACAACGCUGAUGGAGCUGUGGAGGACGACGUGCCUGCUGCGCCUGCUGCGUCGCGACCUCGAAGGAUGGCCAGCCGCCGCCGCGUUGUGGAUGACAGCGACGACAGUGACGGAGAUUGACGAGCACGGACGGUUGGAUGGCCUACACUACUGGUUCCCCCCUUGGAUCUCUACCAAUUCUGCCUUCAACGAUGAAAGGCGGUGGUGGCUCAGCUCGUCAACUGUCUACGCGUGACCACCUACUUUUGCUAAUGAUUGCGUAUUUUUGACUGCUGGCCCUUGUAUUUAUGGCGUUAUUGCGAACCUAGGUACACACAAGGACAUAAGGGAGGCAAAUACACCCCGACGGAUAUUUCGUGCGGGGAACUAAUGCGGGGGAAUUGGUGCGGGGAAACACCGAGGUUUCUGUGGUGAAUACGACCAUGUUCGCUAGGAUAUCGGCCGAACUAUGUGUACAAAAGACCGGUAUCGCCGGCAUCUUAAUUACCUUCCAUGGCUCCC